GGGCAAGAUUACCAAAUGUGUAGUACACAGCAGCCUGAAACCGCGAUGAAAGACCCCUUAAACUGUGUGGCGUCUACCACUUUGCAGAAAGUACUGGAUGAAUGCCAGAACCAGAGAGCCUGCCAACUCCUUGUCAAUAGUCGGGUUUUUGGACCUGAUCUAUGUCCAGGAACCACUAAAUACCUCCUUGUCUCCUUUAAAUGCAAACCUACUGAACAUAAAACCAAAUCAGCGUGUGAAAACGAAGAACUGAAACUCCACUGUAAAGAGUCAAAGUUUCUUAACAUCUAUUCUGCCACAUAUGGUAGAUCAGCACAUGAGAAGGACAUCUGCUCUACAGAAGUGGGCCAUGCCCCUCAAUUUGACUGUUUGUCCUAUACAGCUUUAGAAGUAUUAUCAAAGAGGUGUUAUGGGAAACAGAGGUGUAAAAUUAUUGUCAACAACAACCAUUUUGGAAGUCCGUGCCUGCCUGGAGUGAAAAAAUAUCUUAAUGUCAGCUAUACAUGUGUUCCCAAAAUCAUACUUACAGCAGUUGAUCCAAUGAUUUCUAAUCUAAAUCCUUCUCUAAAGCAGAACGAUGGUAAAUAUGAUAUAAACAUUGACCCCAGGGAAUCAAGGCUGCCAAAGAAAGAUGGAAUUAUUAUUAGCAACUCUUUGGCUACAUUUGCUUACAUUAGAGAUCACCCUGAAAGAGCUGCUCUCCUGUUUGUGUCUAGUGUGUGUGUGGGCUUAGUCUUCACACUGUGUGCUUUGGUGAUACAUGUGUCAUGCACUAACGACUUCCCAAAACUGCACAGAAUGAAAGACCAUUCAGUGCUGGAAAGCGACAAAGCAGAUGAUCACGGUGAUGAUGAAGAAGAGGAAGAUUCUUCAGAUUCAGACUUGCCAAAUGAGCUAACAGGAUUUUAUAGGACGUAUUACUCGGGUUAUAAUUCAACAGAAGCAGCUGAACUGGCUGAAAGGAUAGAACGCCGAGAACAGAUAAUGCAAGAAAUUUGGAUGAACAGUGGUUUGGAUAUGUCUCCUACUAGAAAUAUCAGUCCAUUUUAUAUUAAUGAACAGCAAAGUGUUUAUUUUGGAUGA